AUACUCGUGAACUCGGACGCAGGAAUUGCUAAGUGUUCUGCAAACUCUCACAGCCAUGGACGGCGCAGUUACUGAGGGCGCCGCCGCGGAAGCGCCGGGAAUGCCGAAGGGCACGCCCUCCAUGUCCAAGGUUGAGUCAAAUGGAGGCCAUGAAGGCGAAGGUGAACAAAAUAGUGAUCCAUUGAACUCAAGAAAGCGUGCUCAACCUCAGACUGAAGGAAGUGGAACAGGCGGUGCUGUCAAACGGCAAAAGGGCGUUGCGCCCAUCAAAGCAGAAUUUCUGCUUCAUUUAAGUGGCAACCAGACGCAGAAGGCAGAAACAAAUCGCUCUGCUGCUGCAGAUGAUGAUGAUGCCGAAGCCGCAGAUGACCGCUAUAGCAAGACGACUGUAGGGGACUCACGUAGCAAAGGCCAGAGCUGGAAAGACAAGAAGAAAGACAAGAAACAGAAGCAAAAGGGCCAAAAUACGAGCCGAUCUUUCGGUAGCUCGUUCGAUAAGAUCCAGCUAUGCAGCUCACGUGCGUUCAGCAACGAGUUUUCCCCAAAGCCUUGUUCGUUUGGAGAUAAGUGCAGACUCUGCCACGACCUUCGAAAGUACUUGAAAGAAGGUAGACGGGAAGACCUAACCACGCUUGGCGGCCAAUGCCCCGUCUAUGAAGUCCAGGGCUUCUGCAACAUGGGCUGGAAGUGCAGGUUCCACUCCAGUCACUCCGAGGAGCGGGAGACAGAAGACGGGAAAAAAGAGCUCGUGCUCCUCGAGGACGCGGAACGUAGGGCCAGGUUUGAGGCCGCUUUUGGAGCGGAAGGCGAAGCCGGAGUCGUCAACAUUGUCUCGAAGGAGGCAAAGAUCAACUUGUCCAGGCGCAAGAUGAAAACUCCUAGGUCUGACGCCUACCUUCAAUGGGUCAACGCCAGCGCCGAGGCAGAUAGGAGCAAUUUCGACGGACCGAAGAGAUGGACCGCGGAGCGAGGGGAAGGAGCGCACAUCAAAGUUGACGGUGAAGAGAAGGAGGAUGAAGCGGAUCCAGGCAUAAAGCUUGAGGGAGACACCGACGCGAGAGAGGAAAACCGCGCCCAGUAUAUUGAGCCACCGUUCAAACCCUCAGAGAAGCGUCGGAUCUACUACGGCCCUGAAACACCGGUUCUCGCGCCUCUAACGACGCAGGGCAACAUGCCCUUCCGGCGGCUCUGCGUCGACUUGGGGGCGCAAGUCACCUGGUCGGAGAUGGCUAUGGGUCUCCCCCUUAUUCAAGGCGAUAAGGGCGAAUGGGCACUGAUGAAAGCCCACGAGUCAGAGAUCCGUCCUCCGAAAUUCCUCCACAAGAACACCAUCGUCCAAGGCUACGACAACGCCAGGGAUCUCAAGUUCGGGGCUCAGAUCGCCGCAAACAAGCCCUGGCUCGCUACAAAGGCUGUCGAAGUCCUCACAGCACUGUGCCCACACCUGAGAGCCAUUGAUCUCAACUGUGGCUGCCCCAUCAAUCUCGUGUGUGAACAAGGUUCGGGAUCCGCCCUCCUUGACACCCCCAGCAAACUCGAAAAUACCCUCCGCGGCAUGAACUACGUCUCCAACGAAACUCCCAUCACCGUGAAGAUCCGCAUGGGAACCAAAGACCUCCAACCCACUGCCGACAAGCUCAUCAAGCGCCUCGUGCUGGGCGGCUACGAAGCCGUCGAGUCCGGCAAGGGCACCGCAGGCAUAGCCGCCAUUACGCUGCAUGGGCGCAGCAAGCAGCAACGCUACACCCGUAGCGCAGACUGGUCGUAUAUCGCCGAGUGCUCUGCGCUGAUCAACCGUCUCAGGCGCGAGCAGAGUGACCGGACCGACACGGUUCGGGAAGCCGAUGCGCGCGAUGUGGCAAACGAGGGCCACGUCUACUUCAUUGGAAACGGCGACUGUUACUCCCAUGAGGAUUACUAUGCGCAUCUCAGAGAUGCGCGCGUCGACUCCGUCAUGGUUGCCCGCGGCGCGCUCAUCAAACCCUGGAUCUUUGAGGAGAUAGAAAAAGGCCAAUAUCUCGACAAGUCGGCGACCGAACGCCUCGCCUACGUGGAGAAGUUUGUCAAGUAUGGCCUCCAGACCUGGGGCAGCGAUGAGAUGGGUAUUGGCACCACGCGUCGCUUCCUGCUCGAGUGGCUUAGCUUCGCAUACCGCUAUGUUCCAGUCGGGCUGCUGGAGUAUCUUCCGCCGAACAUUCAGGACAGGCCGCCUGCGUUUAGGGGCAGGAACGACUUGGAGACGCUGAUGUGUAGUGCCAACUACAAGGACUGGAUUAAGAUAAGCGAAAUGUUCCUUGGUCCCGCGCAUCCAGACUUCAAGUUUGAGCCCAAGCACAAGUCCAAUAGCUACGAAAUCGAGGCGGAAGGUUAGGCGAACACGGGUUAUCUUCUGGAUAUUUGGGGGAAUGCAUUGGGAAUGGAAGGCAUGGCAUUGUGGCGGAGAUAUAUGACUCUCAGCAAGCCUUAGAUGGCUUAUUGUGAUAUGAAAAGCUGGUCCUCGUGAUAUACUGCACGGCAUCUAGUGAACAGCUAUCAUCUUCCAG